GAUCAAUGGAGAGUCUGAAAAGAAGAAAACGUGGACAAGAGUAUUCCAUUAACUGGCAACGCAGAGUUUGCGUCACACAUCGAGGUACUUGUUCCUUGAUUCAAAAAGGGAACUUGUGAAAAUUGAAAGAUUUCUCCCAAUCGCACUUGUAGCAAAUUGCUCCUUAUUUACUCCUUAUUUAUUGGUAUCAAUUGACUGAUUGCCCAGCGCGAUGUUCAAUGCUCAAUGUAUUUAUUGACCGUAGAUCUUACGAAGGAAUUAAUGCAAUAUUUUUAAUCAGAAUCUGAUAAAAUAAAUUUGAUAAUUAAAGAAUUAAAUUAACUUUUCAUCUGGAAUAACAGAUUCGAUUUUUUCGUAACGUUAUAGUAAUUUAAAUAAAAAGCAAGAUCGUUAAUUUGUAAUUAAUAAUGGUAAUUUUCUGUGAAAAACUAGAUAUCUACUUAAUGAAACAGAUGCGAGAUGAUCUUGAAGUUUAUAGCGUUACACGACAAUUUUAAUAAAAUUAUAACCUAAGUACUCGAUGUAUGCGCAUCGAGAUAAUAAUAGUGCAAUGAUAAAUUAACGGUUGGUGCAAGCUGCAAUUAUCUAUAUCGACACUUAAUGCCGAUGAAUAGUUCAGGGAAAAGAAGAGAUAUCAAAUAUUCGUGUAUCCGUCAUUGUCGUUAAUGUCAAAAAUGAAAUAUUAACCAAAGAAGUCUCUCCAUGUUUUGAGUUUGCAAAAAGAAAUAUAUGUAAUACUGUAUAAAAGCAUCGUUCUCUUUUAUGAUACUGUUUUCAUCAUGCAAGGUUUGUUAUGAUAUAUAAAUAUAUACAUGUUGAUAUAAUUUAUUUUAUUUAUCUAAUAUCAUUAAUCUAUUAAUAUCUCGAAUAUUUAGAAAAUUUCUUUUUUAUAUACAAUUUUAAUUUUAUAAAAAUAGAUCGUAAUUAAAAGUAUUUCUUUUUAGGUUUAGUCGAUUCAUAUUUCGAUCCGAAAUCGUAGUGACACCGUCGCGGGGCAAGAAACGUACAACUAGGGAACGAUCGCCUUUUUUAAGUCUAAGAAAGUUGUCGUGUAUUAAUUCGGAAUGGAAACGGUGAAAUAUUAUGCCAGAUUCAUAGAUCCUCACUGGAUAACUGUGGUGGCGACAGGAUUAUACACGCAUCUUCGACACAUUUGCAUAAUCGGGCUGUGUUUCGAGGAGGAAGAAACUCUGUCUUUUGAUCCGUCAUACGCGUCGAUACUCUUUGUUUUCUCGGUUUUAUGUUUGUUAGCGGAAUACAGAUUGUGGCCUGUAACUCUCAAAGAACCACCGAUUCAGUUGCUGUAUAUUUACGAAAUGUUGAUAGCUGCAUUGAGUACCAAUUUAGCAAUUCGUAUGGUAUGGAUACCAAUGAUGCAGGCAAUUUUCUGUCUGACUCAAGAAUCUAGUAGAUGGUUGUUUUGGUUGAAUGCCACGAUAGGUCUGGAUAGCUAUUCUUGGUUGACUACAGUUGCAGAUUACAUGGCUACAGAAAAUGCAGCGAUGUACAUGGCGUUUUGCAUGUCGUUAUUAUCCUUCGUGUGGAUGCUGGACGCCACCGAGUUCCUGGACACGUUUCUGGAUACGUGGAGCAAGUAGUGAAUCCUGACAACUUCAAA